AAGUUUUUACACGGCCCUCCAUUUAUUCCUUUUUCCUUUCCCCUCUCCUUGUAUUUAACUGUCCUCCCAUUCUCCCAUUUUCUUCAGCUUCAACCACACCAAUCACUCUCCCAAUUCAUUUUUCAACACAAAAGCACCUCCAAUUUCUUCAGAAAAGGAAAAUGAGCAGGCCGGGAGACUGGAAUUGCAGGUCCUGCCAGCACUUGAACUUUCAGAGGCGUGACUCGUGCCAACGCUGCGGGGACUCCAGGUCCGGUGACUUUGGCGGUUUCGGUGGGAGAGUCGGAUCGUCAUUUGGGUUCAGUACCGGGUCAGACGUCCGGCCCGGCGACUGGUAUUGCUCCGCCGGGAACUGCGGGGCUCACAACUUCGCCAGCCGUUCUAGCUGCUUCAAAUGUGGCGCUUUCAAGGAUGACAUUGGUGGUAGUGGUUUUGAUAGCGACAUUCCCCGCUCUAGAGGCUCAGGAUUUAGUGGCAAUCGAUCUGGAUGGAAAUCUGGGGAUUGGAUUUGCACCAGGUCUGGAUGCAACGAGCACAACUUUGCAAGCAGAAUGGAAUGCUUUAGAUGCAAUGCACCAAGGGACCUUGGAGGCAGAAUAUCAUACUAGAAACAGUACUUCAAUUUUGGGUAUUGCAGGCCACGAAGAGAAGAUCAAGUCAUAAAAUAUUUGCAUUUUCUUUGGGUGCUAGCUAGGGUUUUCUUAAGGUGAAAAAUAUGGUUUAAAAUUAACCCAUGUUCACUUUAGGAAAAUUCCCAAUUUAGGAUUAAUUUGUCAGGUUUUCGACUUCCCAGAAAAAAAAAAAAAAUUAUUGUUGUUGUUAUAGCAAUGUAGCCAUUUGUGGUGCUUCAGUUUCAAGUUACCAUUGCAUUUGUCUUUUUGGUUUUUAAGAGUUUGUUUAAUUAUUGUUUUGUUGCAUGGCUUUCUUAAAAGAAGAUAUUAUUCUCUUCUCUCAA